AUGCGAUCCUUGGCGUCCAGUUUCUUUUCAAGGAAUGUUGGGCCCAAUCCCAGGACUGACGCCGUUCUGUGUCACAGGGGAACUGCGGAGGGCUCACCGUUCCCAGCCAUCUCUCACGACGGAAAGGCCUCCCCUGCAACUCCUCACAAAGGGCUGCGACAGGACUUUUUUUUGAAGGAAGGGGGGGGAGGAACUGUGGGACGAAGGCCGGCUUCGAAGACAGAGGCCUAUGCGGGCUCCCGCCACGCUCCCCGCCCGGUCACCGUCCGGCUUCUCCAGACUAGCCGCGCGCCGCGUCUUGGCGAAGCCAGCCUUCUCGUGGACGGCGCGGCUUGCAGUGGUGUGGUCCUCUGCGGCCGCGUGCUCGCGCGGGCAGGGCUGAACACCCACAACGAGGCUAGCCUCGGCCUUCGCGGCCCGACGCCGUUGUCGUGGUUUGUGAUCAGCGACGGGACGGGUGUGAUUGGGGUUGUGCAGUACCCCACUACCUGGACGGUGGCGCACGCCGCGGAGGGGGAGGACGAGGCGAGCGCUGCAACCCCUUCGACAGCGGCGUCGUUAGCCUCGCGCGGAGUCCUCGGUGACGGGGUGGGUGGUCAUAGUGUGAGGGACGCCAUUCUUCAGGCAGCGGUCGACGUUGCCGAAGGCGGGUAUUGCAUCCCUGCCGAGGAGAUGGAUAUCCGCGUUGAUGACUACGUCUUGUGCAUUGGGCGCUUGUGCUUUGCAGAUAUUGAUCCCACAGUUGAAAAAUUAUUUGGGUCACUUCCGAUCCCGUCAUAUUUUUGCAGUAGUAGCAGUGGAUCUAUCGACAAUGCUCCUACUGCCUCAUCAGAAGCAGCUUUUAUGAAGAUUGAUGAUGCAGUUAACACAUCUUCUAGAGAAGUCAUUCCAGAGACACACGGGAAAUAUGGAGGAUGCAAUGAGCUUGGUGCAAACAAUGAUGCCUAUGAAGGCCGGAUUAAGGAUAAAAUGCGUCUUCGACCGCUUUCUUCCAAAGACAAAUCGAUGGAGAAUGUAACCUACGUACUACCACCUGGGGCACGAUCACCCGUUGCUAUGAGAGAUCUUUGUGAGUUGGGCAUCUCUCCAGAGAAUGUUCCACCUGGAACGCGUUUUUUCGGUGUUGCUGAACCAACUGAUUGUUCACAAACACAAGACCUACAACCUGGUUUCUACAAACGAAAGGAUCCUAUCAAUUCAAUGUUUCAAAAGGUAAACGCUCUCCGCGUUACUGACUCCGGAAAUGGGAUGGGUCCAACCGUACCACGAUUUUGUGUAAAAGGGAAGGUACGACUUAUUAGUAGCAGUAAUGAAAUACUUUUUUGGUGGCUCAGUGCUAUUGAUACCCAUGUCCGUCUGAAGUCCAUUACUCUGGGGAAAACAGUAAACUAUAACUGA